AUGCACGUCCUCAACGGCUUCAGCCAACGGCGAAAGUCGUCCAAGCCCCGUGACCUCCACAUCCGCAAGGUCUCCUUCUCUGGAUGCUCACUUUCUUCCGGCUCCGACUUUUCCUCCUCACCCUCAUCAACACUUUCUGCAUCGACGCCUCGGGCGCCGCGCUCGAGCCGCAGCACGACCUUUGACCCUCUGGCCCUGCACCCAACUUUCCAGCCUCCGCCGCGGCUCCACGACCGGCCACUGCUGAGCCCCGAGCGGAGGCGCUUCGAGGGCGCAGCCACCUUUUUCGACGACAGCGACGGGGCGGAUGAGGGGGAUAGCGGCUACUUUGAGCGGGCGAGCGAGUACGAGAUGAGGCAAUGGGACAUCCAGGAGGACCAGCCCUUCGAGAUGGAGCUCCCGCCGCACGCCAGCCCCAUGGACCACGAGGACAACGACCGCACGGAGCCUCAGGACUACUUCCUGCUGCAGCUCAGACAGCGACCGCAGCUGCCCAAGUCAAGGUGGUCGGCCUCCACGGUGUACACCCUCGACCAGGUGACGACGGGAAGCACGGCCACGCCCGAGGACGACAACGACCUGGGCGGCGAGACGGAGACGGAGGCGAUGGAGCAGACAGAGCAAACGCAGCUCAACCAGCUCGGCCACCGGUCAAUGCCCAACUUCAGCUACAAGCGGGAGACGGUGGUUGUCCGACGCCCGCCGAUGAAGACGAUGGACAGCCUCGAGGACUUUAUCAAGCGCGGCGGCUGGAAGCGCCGCGGCAUUGUCUUUGACAACGAGGACAUGGAGGGCGCAUGCACCGAAGAGGUCGCCCAACUGUGA